CGAAAAAUACACACGCACUCGCUCACUUUCAUUCACAAUCGCCAACGCACACACAGGUUUUCCCGGGACGCGCGCGCACACGGAGGCUGCUUGGAUGCUACUGAAAAGCGCUUGUGGAUGUUCCUAAUUCAGCAUUUUAUUUUGUUUUCACAAGCCUUUCAUGCUAAGACAACUCUGGUUUGACUUUGAAUUCAAUGAAUGCGCAUGUGGGUGACCAGAGCACGUAAUCGCGUUCCAAAUUUUAAACAGAAAAAGGAAAGCACGUAGGUUGUGGAACUACAAAUGCGCGUUUAAUUGGGAUGAUGAAAGAUUCUCUGCAGGAUAGAUUACGCCAUCCAACUAAAGGACUGUAAGCCGGUACUAUCCUUGAAGAUGAAGAUGUAUCCAAGCGUAGCUGCGCUGGUGGCACUAUGGGCUCUAGUGGUUACCGGGGACCAAGCAUGCCCCAGGAGCUGCAACUGCUACCAGGUCAGCGAAGUCCAUUGCACUUUCCGCUCCCUGCUCACCGUCCCUCCUGGACUGCCUGCGCACACACGGCGCAUCAACCUGGGGUUCAACAGCAUCAGCAGGAUCCAUGACAAGUCGCUGGCUGGGCUACAGAGGUUAGAGCUUUUGAUGCUGCACAGCAAUGACAUCCACCACCUGCCAGACGCACUGUUUCGAGACCUGAAAUCACUGCAGAUAUUGAAGCUGAGCUACAAUAAGCUGACGGAGAUCCCUUCAUCCCAGACUUUCUCUGGCCUGCGCUCGCUACUGCGUCUAUACUUGGAUCACAACCACCUCCAGUACAUCCACCCGAGGGCCUUGCUCCAGCUGCCGAGCCUCCGUCUGCUCCGUCUUCAAGGAAACAAGCUGCAUCAGCUGCAUCCCCACGCUUUGUGCACACUUUCCCUACUCAACACUUACUACUUUUCAACACUCCGGCACCUUGAUGUGUCCAACAACAGUUUAAGCACCCUGCCCAGGGCUACUUUGCAGACUGCCCAGAUGCUGGAAACUCUAGCGCUUCAGGCUAAUCCCUGGAGCUGUGACUGCAGUAUGAAUUGGCUUGCCUCUUGGCGUUUUCUUCAUCCAGAGUUAAUGAAAUGUUCAGGAGGUCUUCAGUGUCCAAUAUGUGAAUCACCAAAUGCCCUUCAAGGUCAAGGUUUGUUUGAUCAGAAAGAUCUGGCCUGCACAUCCCCUGUUAUUACCCUGGGGGGAGAAGAGACACCUUCAGAGACGGAUCUGGGUGAAAUACAACCGAGUGAAUCCUUCAGAGAGCCUUUAGGUGCCGCAUCUCUGGACCUGUCAGAUCAACUGGGGAACAGUGUUGAACUGCACUGCAACAUCAGUCAUUCGGCAGACUCUCCAGCUCCAGAUCUCUCCCUUCCCUCCUCGUCACCUGUUGCCAUGGCUCUGUCUUUCUCCCUGGAGUGCUUUGUGGCAAGAGAGAGCUACGAGAGUCUUUGGAGGAUUCUGGCUUACUAUAGUGAGACUGCUGUGCACCUUGAGAGGGAAAUCAUGCUGAGUAAGGCACCAGAACUGGCCUACCGCUACAGGCAGACAGCAGAAACAGAGGGCUAUUAUAAUACUGGGGUCAAAGCCUCUGUUGCAACAGGACCACACUGGUUAAUGCAGCCUGCUAUUGGCAUUCAGCUCAACAGAGCACAGUCGAGUCGAGACGUAAUCAGCCUUAUAUAUUCAACAAGAGUUUCUGCUCAUCCUGACCCCACUACACCUGCUGCAGCAUCUACCACUGCUUCUCACCCAUGGGUACUCAUUUUGACGAACAAUACAUCCUCAGCAAUAACAGGCCUAGCAGGCAUUAGUUUGGAUCUCUUCUGCCCUAUUCUAAGCUCUGGUAACCCCAGAGUACAAUGGAUUCUGCCAGAUGGAUCCAAACUGAUCUCCCCAUCCAGUAGCCAAGAUGGAAGGAUUCAGGUCUCUGACUCUAGGCUACGUAUACUGAAUGCGGAGCUAUCAAAUGCAGGGAUUUACUACUGUGUAGCCCAGGCUGGUAAGGAUUUAGAUGUUAUGCCACUGCAAGUGGUAGUAGAGAUGUCCUCUGCCCCACAAUCAGGUGAGCAAGUUGGACAUCCUGUCACAGGAGGAGCGGGACAGCCAGUCAGCCUGUCCUGUAGAGCUUCCGGUUCACCGGGACCACACAUAUAUUGGGUAUUACCGGAUGGAAAUAUAGUAAAGAAGGGAUUAGCAGGAGUAGGUGGCUUGACUGUGCAAUCAAAUGGGAGUCUUUUCUUUCCCAACCCCACUUUGAGAGAUGCUGGUCAUUAUCGUUGUGUCGCUGUCAACCAGUAUGAUAGUGCCUCUCUGUCCAUGACCCUAGAAAUAAACCAAAGGAAGACUUUGUCACUUGGAGAUGUUCCAGGGGGGCCGCAAUCAGCCUCUGGGCGAUCAACAAAGAUACGAGCACCAUUACUAAGUCCAAUAGAGGAAGGAUCAGGCGUUGAACUAGAGGAAAAUGAGAGACCCACUCAAGUCUACAGGAAACAUAACAUUCCUUUUUCACACUCUUCAAACAGACUUAAUCAAGUUAGAAAGCCCCUAAGACAGGGGCCUUUGAGAGAAGGUCCCUUGAGAAGAGGAGGGAGGCCUCUAUCACCUGAGCAGAGAAGAAAUCGUUAUAGCGCUAACAAACAAAAAAUUGACCCACUAAAAUGGGCUGACAUACUCGCAAAAAUACGGCAAAAAACCAUAGUAUCAGACAAUAGUGAGGACAUCAAAACAGAAAAGCCCACAGCAAAUUCAUUGAGAAGAGAUGAAGUCAGUGAGAGACAUGAAGGUAACACAGAUAAUGCAGAGACAGAAGGAAUAGAUGCAUCUGAAAUGGAGGGCUCAUCAGUUGAUGACACAAUCCUGCAACAGGAAAGUUUACAACCUGUUUACCCCACUCUUGCAAUAGUGGUCACAACACAAGCACAACCUGAGAGCAAAUUGUACACGGAAACACAAACCUAUGACAACGAGCAUGAGAAUGUGACACCACAAACAAAAACGCAAACAGAUUCAGUUAACCUAAAUCCAACAAUAGAAAUUAACGAAACCGAUCCAGAUCAAGCACGGGCAGAGGAACAGGAAGCAAAUCCCACCUCUGCAAGAGUCAGUCCUAUAAAACCACAGAAAGGACAAAUUCCUAAUUUAGUUAGAAAUACACGACCACAAAGCCCUUGGAACUCUCGCAGAAGGAUUGGACAGCGGAGGCGAGUCAUCAGCAGGACAAGGGGGCGAUCCAAGAAACCACUUCGACCUUUACCUGAUUCUCUAAAAAGUGUGACGCCUGACACUACUAUCACUCAAAUGGCAAGAACAACAACAACCAUAUCUCCGACAAGUAUGUCAGAAGAGAUUGAAAAUAUUAAAACUCAGUUUUCAACGUCAAAUGUUGACACAGUAAAUCCUCCUCUUCCUUCUGUUCUUACCACUGUUGAUAUCACAACCGCAAUAUCUGACUUGCUCACACCAACAUCCUCCUCCCCCACUUCAUUACCCCCUGAUGACACAGAGACAAAUACAGAUGUGAUGACUCAUUCAGGCAACAUACCAGACAGUGUCGAGUCGCCUGUCUUUAAAUCACAAACCCUGGCAAACACUGACUCUUAUGACACACACACAAACACACAAACAACUUUGGGCCUAAAUGAAGAUAGACCCUCAGGGGAAAAGGGUGAACGGCUGGAAAAUAAUUUGUUGGAUGUCCCGAAUGGAUCUCAAUUCUCCACCCCUCUCUUGGCCACACUCACUGUUUCCCUGACAACAACUCAUCCAAUCAGUUUUAUAAAUAAUCCUGGCAGCACUUCUGCUAGUGACCCAUUUGUUGCAACUGUUGAUGACCCAAUUCCAAUAAUGAUUACCUUUGCAUCUCCGACUGAAAACCCAAUUCCAUUGACUUUGCCCCACACAAGUAUCCCAACUGAAAGGGUCACGACAUAUUCGAGUCUUACAUCUACUACUCCUACAAUUUAUUCACCAACCACAAUCUCACCAACGACUAGUUUUAUUAGACCAGAUAAUCCAGAUCAAUUCAAAAAUAUUCCUUCAACUACUAUCCCUGUCCUUUCUACAUCUGACACGAGCACUCCUACACAAAAUGCCACACCAGGCACAGUUACUGAGACUAUACCAAGUGCAUCUUCUAUUUCUACCACAACAACAACAGCAUCAAGUGCUACUGCAUCAUCCGGAGAAAGGCCAAACAUCGGGCAGGUCAUCCCCAAAGGGAGGCCUGUGUCUGGCGUUACGCACGAGAGCCGACCCCCAACUGACUGGAGAAACCCUGGAGCUAAUUUCAUUCCUGAUUCACACAGCAGCAGGCCACAGUGGUCUCCAUCUCCUCUUCCUGCCGCCCCAAGAACUCCAGUUUUAAGAACCAGGCCAAGGAUUGCAGACCCACACAUCAGAACUGUGUCGAUCCCAGCAGGAACCAUUGCCAGGCUUACUUGUGAAGCUCAAGGAGAUCCGAAACCCUCCAUCACAUGGACCAAAGUUGCUACAGGAGCUGUGAUGUCUCUCCAUUCAAAGGCUCAACGGUUUGCUGUUCUUUCAAACGGCACCCUUACUAUUCAAAAUGUUCAGCUACAAGACAGGGGCACGUACAUCUGCAGUGCACACAGCUUAUUUGGUCGGGACAGGCUGCUAACUACUCUGGAAGUGUGGACACGCCCUCCACGAAUGCAGCUAGCAAGCUACCGAGAAGCCACAAUCCACCAAGGUGGCGAGGUCCACCUGGAGUGUCAGGCCAGUGGUGUUCCAACCCCACUGCUCUCUUGGGUUCUUCCCAAUCGCUCUGUCCUGACAUCCAUGACAAAUUCGAGCAAUCGGAUUACCAUGGACCAAAACGGAACCCUACAUAUAUCAUCAACGUUACUCACCGAUCGGGGGUCAUAUCGUUGUGUGGCCUCCAACCCUGCUGGCGCUGCUAGUGCGUCUGUACGCUUGCACGUGACAUCGUUGCCUCCUGUGAUCCAGCAACCGAGAGAGGAACACCUGUUUUUGAAUUCAGGGGGACCUGUUUAUGCUCACUGCACUGCCAGAGGGGCCCCGCCGCCAACUUUGCGAUGGCGUAUCCCAGAUGGGACUCUAGUUCGUCCAUCUCAGUUCCUCCACGGCAACCUUUUCGUCUUGCCAAACGGGACCUUACAUAUUCGAAAGGUUGGCCCUAAGGAUACCGGAAGUUACGAAUGCACGUCUGUUAAUGCAGUCGGAACUGAUAAGAGGACUGUGAGAGUGGAACUUCAAAAGGAAGCACAAGAAGAAGUGACAAGUGAUCCAAAAAACAUUCCAGUUUCAUCCACUGUUCUAAAAAACAGAUCUUCGCCCCAUUCUGGCUUCCAGUCAAAGCCGCUCGACUCUGCUAGAUUGACCCCUCUGAGCCCCAAAUCCCCAUUUUACCCUCAUCAGCCCACUUAUGCUGACUCAGCCUCGAAAAUCAAUAGAACAGUCAUCACCUCCCCCUCACAAUUGACUAACUUGACAAAAACGUCCGUAGGUACUCAUCACAGCAAACUCACCUCAAACACAUCUGACAAAGGCAGACCUUCAGUUAUUUUACAUGCCCUGCCAGUCGCUCCAUUCAGCAAAGCCCAAAUUGUUUCAACCUCACCCUCUGUCACUGCCGUGUCCUACGGGGAGAAUCUGCAGCUUCACUGCUCUGUAACGGGCAACCCUUCCCCAAUCAUCAUUUGGAGGACCCCCAAUAGAAAACUGGUGGACAUGAAUUUCAGUUAUGACAGACGACUUAAGGUGCACCAAAACGGAACACUGUCUGUCCAGUCAGUGACUGAUCGCGAUGUCGGAGACUACCUAUGCAUUGCACGCAACAAAGUCGCUGAUGAUUAUCGCCUUCUCCGUGUGUCUGUGGUUAUCAAGCCAGCAAAGAUUGAGCCCAAGCAGCCUUUCAAUCAGAUGGUGUCAUUUGGAAAGGCACUUAAGGUUGACUGUUUGGCAUCAGGAUUACCUGACCCAUCAGUCAGUUGGAGUCUACCAGAUGGAACUAUGGUGAACAGUUUCUUGCAAGGGGAAGAAAGAGCAGGGCGAGGACGCAGACUUAUUGUUUUCAAUAAUGGAACAUUGCUGGUUCCAGCUGUGGGUAGGGGAGAAGAAGGCGAGUACACUUGUUAUGCUGAAAAUCAAGGAGGUCAAGAUACCAUGAAGGUUCAAGUCAAAGUCAUGAUGACAUCUCCACCAAUCAUCAAUGAUGACAAAAGUUAUCAAGUAAUUAAAGUACGUCAGGGAUCUACAGCCAUCAUUCGCUGCCAGGCCGCUGGGGAUCCCCCGCCCACCGUGAUGUGGCUGUCCCCAGCGCAUCGUGUCAUCCCAUCCAGUUCCGGUUUUUACUCUGAUCGGGUUGUGGUGGCUUCUGCUGGAACUCUGGAGGUGCAUAGAGCCCAGAAGAUAGACGCAGGAAACUAUACAUGCCGAGCCAGCAACUCAGCUGGAGAAAGAAGUAUGGUCGUUGGCCUCGAGGUGGAUGUCCCUAAUAACGGUUACAAUGGCUAUAGUGAUAACAUUAGCCGGAUAAGAACAAUCAAUGGAAUUAACAAAGCAACUAAUAGCCUUAAUCCAGUCCCCAGGAGCGAUAGUGAAAAUGGAUUCAAAAAGCCAAGUAGUGGAAUUACAACGCAGCUUGGUCAUGUUGUCCGUAGUGGUGUGAAAAGCGAUGGCAAUAUAGGCGUAGGAGCGGAAAAUAGUGGGACCCUCAAUAGAAACACACAUGGAACUUUAAAUAGUAUGAGGAGAAAUAGUCCCAGUUCAGAUACAGAAGGAAGCGAUACAAGCAAUCUUUGGGCGAGAAGUAAUGACGUUGCAGUGCAAAAGGCUAAAAAUGGUGUAAACCCUAGUAGGAAUAUUGGAAUUGUAAGUGGUAUUUCAAGAAAUGGAGUAUUUGCAAGUAGUACAACUAACAAUGGUGAUGGUAGAGCAAGUUGGGUUAGAGCCGACUUGGGUAGUCGGACCAGUGCUGGCAGCGCAGGCACUGGUAGCACCCCUAACAAACUUGUGGGCGUGGCAACAACCGGGAAACAGCGCAUAAUUAAAGGCCAAACUGUUCUUUUGCCAUGUCCAUCAUAUGGGUCCCCUCCCUUAACCUGGUAUCUUCCUGGUAACGGUGUACUGCUGGCCCCUUACUAUGGCAGCCGGCUCACAGUGCACCGGAACGGUUCGCUCGAGCUGCGAAGUGCCCGGGUGAGCGACAGUGGUACUCUUGUGUGCGUGGUAAAAGGUGACACAGGAGAAACCAGGAUUCAGGUCGAGUUGGAGGUCUCAGAGCCACAAGAAGCAUCCCGCCCACUUUUGUCUCUGACAUCUCGAUCUGCAGCCGUACAACAAGCCUCUCAAUCUGCGAGGCUAGUGCCUGAGUUGCCUCGUCCCAUAGUUUCCCUAAAAUCAUCGCAACGUGGCCCAUCCUCACUUGCGGCCCCUAAUCCAGUGGGUCCACCCGCACCCUCUCCCAUCUCAGAACCAGCAGUGAGCACCCAAACGGCUUCUCUGAUGAGCAUAACAAACGGAGAGACUCUUCGCUUACCCUGCUAUUCUUCUCAAACCCCAAAACACUCCACAGGCUCCCUUUCUUGGACUUUUCCCAGCGGCAAGGUCAUGUCCAGGGGUGACAGCGGGGAUUCUGGUCGGUACUUAGUCCAAGAAGAUGGAACGCUGAUUAUCCAACAGGCAUCAGUGUUUGACCGAGGCACUUAUACCUGCAGAUCCACCAACCCUGAAACUUCCUCAGUUUCAGUUGUCACGGUUCCCGUCAUAAUCAUCGCUUACCCGCCACGCAUUACUACAGGGCCUUCACCUGUGACCUACACACGUCCCGGUGUCGCCGUGGAGCUGCCCUGCCUCACCAUAGCAACUCCCAGGGCGAUGGUUACCUGGGAAACGCCAGACAUGACACAGCUGAGGGUGCUGGGCCAGGCCCGUAUCUAUGGUAACCGUUAUCUCAGUCCUCAAGGUUCUCUCGUGAUACAGAAACCAUCGAGUCGGGACACGGGAUUUUACAGGUGCACGGCCAAAAAUGUUGUAGGGGUGGAUACCAAGACGACAUACCUGCAUGUUAUAUAAUGAGGUAAAGCACAUGCAUACAGCUUUAACCCUUUAUUGGCCAGGUGACUUUUUGGCAAUUAAAGACCCAGCGUCCACGAAUGUGGACAUCACAUUUUGGGUAAUACAGUCCACAAUAUUAACAUUUGGUAUACAACUGUGGCCUACAUGAUCCGAAAUGUAAUGUCCAAGUAUGUGGAUACUAUUUCUGAAUUGUAAUUAUAUAAUUCUUUUGUCAGAAAUCAUUAUUUUUAUAUUUUUAAAGUGAAUAAAUACAAUUAUAAAUUAAUAAAAUGUCAAUAGCAACAAACUUAAAAUUUAAUAAAACAAACACACUCUGGUUAUAUCAUGUUUCAGUGCCACUGACAGCGCUAAGCGUUUAAUCCUUUUGGACAGGCCAAAUGAAUUGGACGCCUAGUGCCGUCAAUGGCAAUGAGUUAAAUGAGUGCCCUAUAAAGGGUUAAUUCAGUGACUUAAUUGAGUGUGUCCCUCAUGCCCAAAGGAACUGCAAAGCUUUGUUGAGAUAUUGAUAAUGUUGAAGACUCCAAUUCAGUACAUUCAAGUUGUCUGUCUGUUUUUGGCUAAAAUAAGUUUGUGUGUUUUGUAUCAUUCUGUUUUUUUGUUUUUGUUUUUUUGUUUAGACAAAUUCUCUCAUUUACUAAAUGUGCCUUGUCUUUAUGAAAGGACUAAAAUGCAUUUCAAAAUGGUGCUCAAGUGAGAUAUUUAUGAUUUUACGAUGUGCAACACUGUGGUUGUAUUUUGUACAUAUAUAAAUCAACUUCUUUCAAUUUGGAAUACUGCUACUACAGGAUUAAUUACAUUUUGCAGUUUCUAACUCAGUAACUGCCAAAUUUAAACAAUAAUAAUGCUCAAACAUGAUGAUUCACUCCUCUGAGGCUCUAAAUACUUUGGAUAAAUAUCAGUUUAAUGUUUCAUUCAAAUGCCUGCAACUUUUCAGAUUUAUAACGUGGCAAUGUGAUAAUGUUCCAAGACGUUUAAAAAUAGGUUUGCAAGACAAAGUGCAUAUUUGUAAUAAUUGUGCUGAUAAAAAUGGUUUUAUUCUCGAUAUGUGCACAAUGAUAGCAGCUCAUAACUAUCCUUUUUUUUUUUAAUUGCUUUUAAUUUAAGUUAUUGAUCUUGCAAAGACUGUUAUAAAACCCGAGUUUAUUUCCUUAUGACAGGGGUGGGGAGUCUACGGCCUGUGGGCAAUAUGCAGACCUUUUGAGCAUUUGAAUCAACCCGCCACACAAUUUUAGAAAGAAACCCAUUUAUAACUCGAAGAGCUGUGUGAAAGAGCAGACCUCCGUCAUACUGUAUUCAGUAGAGUUGGCACUGCCGUUCCUCAUGCCAUCACUCUCUUUUCUAGUCACCUAUCACCUACCCUGCAAAUUUGAAUUCUUUGAUAAAAAAUCCUUUUCUGAUCUCUGUGAUCUGUGACUUCAUUACUCCAAAAUUUAUUCAGCUCUUACAUUUCAUAUUACAACCACAUCUUGCCAGCUGGAUAAUAAUCCUGUUUCUUGUUCUUGAGAUACUUUGUACACAAACAUACAGAAAAGAAGACAUGUAACCGAGUAUAUAAACUUUUGGCGACUAUUGGCGAAAGUAAUAAACAUCUUUUUUUCUUUCUUUUUUUCAAAUCAGUAUGCCCCUCAAAGAACGUUUAUUAAAAAUUUAUGAGUAAAAGAAUCCCCACCCCUGUUUGAUCUUUAAAGAAAAGGGAAAUUAUACAAUGUUGUCUCUGUCAAGCAACAUGAAAGUCUUAUAUUUUUAACAGCAGCAAUUUAAUAAUAAAAAGAAGAAUACA